AUGAAACCAGAAACCUUCGAUCGAAAAGUUGAAUUAGCUGUGAAAGCAGAAAGAAAAGGGCCAAAAUGUUCUCCUUUGACAAUGGAUUUUGUAAUGAAUUUUGACAUGAAUUUUGACAUGAACUUUGACAUGAGCUUUGACAUGAAAUUUGGCUUGAAUUUUGACAUGAAUUUUGAUAUGAGAUUUGGCAUGAAUUUUGACAUGAGUUUUGAAUUGAAUUUUGAAAUGUUGAAGCAAGAAGGUGGAGAACGAUUUAUUAUCAACAUGUUGCCAUGGUCGACAUUAUAUAUAAUUUCUUUUGAACAAUUUUGGCUUGAGUUAUAUCCUGAAUUUUGUCAUGAACUUUGUCUUGAACUUUGUCAUGAAUUUCGUCUUGAGCUUUGUCUUGAACUUUGA